UCUCUCUCACUCUCCCACUCUCUCUCAGCUUUCGAUGUUGCGAUUACUGCGUCCGAUCUCCACUGGAACGUAAACCUCAACGAGAGAAUGCACCUUCUCACCAGCCGACAGCUAUGGGCCACCUCGAUAUGUCUCCUUUUCCACGCCCAGACGGCUUUGUCCGACUUGGGCAUUGUGGCCAAUGAUGACGCCUCAUUAAAAAAGGGCGCUCAGGAAAUCAUCCCUCCGAUGAUGGAGUUCUACAAACAGAAUCAGACCGAAGGAAUCCCCGGGAAGCUGACCGACACAUGGUAUAUCGCCGGCAGCAUGUUCAUGACGUUAAUCCAAUACUGGCAAGCCACGGGCGACGAUUCGCAAAACGCGGUGGUGUCGCAUGAUUUGAUGUUCCAAGCGGGCGAAAACUAUGACUUCUUCUCCGCGAAUUAUAGUCAAUGGCUGGGUAACGAUGAUCAAAUGUUCUGGGGCCUGGCGGCCAUCACUGCAUCCGAAGCUGGCUUCCCCGAGAGGGAAGGGAAACCCUCCUGGACCUCCCUGGCACGUGCGGUAUUCAACGAGCAGGUUGAGCGCUGGGACGGUCAGACCUGUGGAGGUGGUAUACGCUGGCAGGUCUGGCCGUACCAAGCUGGGUAUCAGUUGAAGAAUGCGAUUUCCAACGGCGGUCUGUUCGAAUUGGCGGCGCGGUUGGCGCGGUUUACCAAGAACGACACCUAUACCGAGUGGGCGGAGAAGAUCUGGGACUGGUCGGCCAAAUCGGGAUUGAUGGACGUCAACAAGUGGACAAUCAACGACUCGGUCAACAACGACGAUCAGUGUAAGAGCCCGGACAAUCUCCAGUGGACCUACAACUAUGGCACCUACUUAUCCGGAGCGGCCUUCUUGUACAACUACACGAACGGCGACGAGAAAUGGCUGAAGCGCGUUAACGGUCUGCUCGGGACGACCCUCAAGGUUUUCUUCCCGGAGAAGUAUGGUGGCAACACCAUGUCCGAGGUUGCCUGUGAGCCCAUCAUGUCCUGCGACAGAAACCAAAUCUGUUUCAAAGGUUAUCUGUCCAUGUGGCUGGCCUUCACCUCCAUUCUCGUGCCGUCCACCAAGGACCAGAUCGUGCCCAAGCUACAGGGCUCGGUGGAGUCCAUCUCCAAGAUGUGUAACGGCCAGUCCGAUGGCCAGAGCAAUCUCUGCGGUCUCACUUGGGGAGCCAACAAAUUUGACGGAGUCAAGGGCCUUGAAGCCCAAAUGUCGGCCCUGGGCGGCGUCACGGCUAAUCUGAUGCUGUCCGCAACGGACUCCCCCAACACGAUUGACACGAACCCCGAUGCGAAAGAGCACAAUGUCCCGUCAUCGGGGGGGGAUAAGAAACCCAAUGAGCCAAAACCGAUCACGACCGCGGAUCGUGCGGGCGCCUGGAUCCUCAUGGUGAUCAUGAUCGCCGCAAUCACGGGCGCAGUCGGCUGGCUGGUUAAGCCGUAGGCAUUCCAGCAGGUGAAGGGCCCAAGGGUGGCCGGAUUGUAUGUAUAUAAUGUUCUUAUUUUUCAUGGUGUUGCUAGGGCGACGGUUGGGUUCUGUACAUCCUUGGGCAUUGAUUGUCCCUUUUUUUCUCCG